UUAUGUCGCAGGGCGGGAUGGGGAACCUCCAGCUGAGCCAGGACGGGAUCCGCCUGGAGGGCUUCUCCGAGUUCCUGCUGCCGCUCUACGUGAAGGAGAUCCGGUCCCGGAGGGACAGUGCCUUGGUGUUGCGGUCGGAGAGGAACGUGACACUGAACGUCCGAAACAGCCAGGGCCAUCUCACGGGCCAACUGACCGUGGGGUCGGACUCUGUGGAGGCCCAGUGCCGGAGGCUGGAGGUCCGUAGCCGUGCCGACGGCCUGCCGCUGUUCAGCGCCGACGCCGACGAGAUCCGCAUCGGGACAAGGACCUUCACCGUCACGGGGUCGGAGGGCGCCGUGUUCCGGCACUCGGUGGAGACGCCGCUCAUCCAGUCCAGCGCCUCCGAGGAGCUCAAGCUGGAGUCCCCCACACGGACGCUGACCAUGGGGGCCCCCCGGGGGGUGGAGGUCACCUCGGCCCACGGGGCCCUGACCGUCGGCGGACGCAAGGACCUGCAGCUGCAGUCCACCGAGGGAGAGAUCAUCUUAGACGCCGCCACGGUUCGCCUCGCCAGCCUGCCGCUCGGUGUGUUCGCGCCAGAGCCUCCGGGACGGGCGUCACCGCCGCCACCGCCGGCGGGACAGGCCACGUACGAGGUGUGCGUCUGCCCCAGCGGCAAGCUGUACCUCUCCCCCGCCGCCAGCAGCUCCACCUGCCAGGCCGUCAGCAACAUCUGCCUCUGGAGCUGACCUGGCAAGGAGGGGGGGGGGGGGGGGGGGGAUGGAGGUUCCUGAUGGGGUGCUGUCUGUGACCACCCCUGUCGGGUGUGGUGGUGGUGGUGGUGGUGCAGGUGGAGGAUGCAGAAUGGACUGCCUGCUGAAAUGGCGGCUUGAAGGCUUAGUUAUUGUUUCAAGUCGGCGCAACGCAAAUGGGGUUGACAGACGCAUUACGUCCUUGCGGACCCUCCUUGCGUCCGCCUCAAGGGCCAGACGCUCGCCUCCCAACAAAAUGUCAAGGUGAAGUGGAGGGCUGUGAUUGGUCCGCUCACUAACACCUGACGCGGAACCAAAACAAGUUCACGACUGCGUCGAAGCGUCUGCGUGGUCAUUGCGCUGCGUCGACGUUGAACCAUCACUGAGCCUUAUGACUUCACAGUGAACUGUACCGGUUCCCGACGCAAGAUGUUUCGACCGAUGAAGGAGGGAGGAGUUGGAAUAGUAUGGAAUAUCUGGAGAGGCUCUCCUCGGCCGUAGGAGACGUCAAAGGGACUAACAAACACUCGUGCCUUCAGACGUGGAAUGGAACGUUUGAGACUCGCGUUGAACCUGACUCCGUUUAAUCAGGGAAAUCAAAACAAUUUAGGAUAGGAUUUAGGGGAUGCAUUUACAAACCGUGACAGUCCUUGGCACUCUAUAAUAAGCUAUGUCAAUUGAGACACUUCUCUUUUUGUAUGCGUUGUUUGAUGUAUCGAUUGGAAAUGGUUGAUAAAGAGAGACUCUGGCAUAA